AUGGACGUGGUGGUGGGACUUAUAAAUUUUGUUAAAGCAGUCAUCUCAAAUCCUUUCAGUAGUCUCAGUAAGUCUGCUCAGCAAGGCAGCAUUGAUGCCUAUGCCGCUAUGAUCCCCUGCUUCAUCACUUAUCACAGAAUGCAGACAGAAGCAGAAAUAGGAGAAUGUCAUGGAAUUGAACUUGUUCUGCCCAAGAAGUUGGAGCUCCAAAACAAGCUCCGGAAGGGUCCAACUAGGGAUGAAGUUUUUUUUCCGGAAGAAUUUGAUGUUUGA